CCGCAACGGUCACUUUGUUGUUGUCAAUCGUUUCGUUCGCAUCGCGUCGCGGAAAAUCGAGAUAUAAAUACGGAAAACAAAAAUAUAACUCCGACGCGGCGACUUCCGCAGCAAGCAACUGCAAUGCGCUCGAGUUGAGGGCGCGCCGAUAACUAUGUGCGUGUGGGAGCGAGUGCGAGUAUAGCACACAAGUGAUCACCACCAGCAAUUAGCAAGUGACCGACCGACCGACCAAUGAGCACGGGCAUUGGCAGCAGCAGCAGCAGCACGGAGGAGCAGCAGCACCUGGACCUGAGCGCGGACUUGGAGGCGUGCUCCCUGCUUGGCCCGCAGGACCCGUCGAACGUCGAUACCGGCAGGACACGCGCUAAGCAGCGCCUCAGCUUGAACGGGAAGCGGCGCCGCAGCCGGAUGUCGCGCAGGGCCAAUCUGAUCGGCAUCUGCGGCGUGAGCAGCCUGUGCAUCCUGCUGCUGAUCGCCACCACCCAGCACCGUCCGCUGACCACGCCGUUCAACCAGGCGGCUGGGCGGGAUCAGGGCGCGUCCGUAGAUGGCGGUCCAUCCAAUUCGCUGGCGCGCAGCGCCUUCUACGAUCGCUUCCAGCAGCAAUUGCAGCAGCAGCCGUCGCAGACGGCCGUCUACAAUCUGACAGCUACUAUAGUGGAUGUCCUGUCGGCUCAACGGUCGCGCAUCCUGGCCGAAAUGGAGAACUUCGAGUAUCCGCGCGGCGGCGCCGAGCGUCUGACGGACAUGACGCCGGAGACGAACGGCACCCCGGUGCGCAGUGUUGUGGUCACCUCAUGGCGCUCCGGCUCCACCUUCCUGGGCGACAUUCUCAACUCGAUACCGGGCAACUUCUAUCACUAUGAGCCGCUGCUCGACUUCGGCAUCAAGCAGAUCCGCGAUCCCGACGACCAGGAGCUGGCCGUGCAGAACCUGAAGAACCUGCUCAACUGCGACUACGCCGACAUGAUCGACUACCUGAACUUCGGCAAGACGCACACCUAUCUGUUCGAGCACAACACCCGACUGUGGGACGUCUGCCGGGAGUUCCCGCGCUUCUGCUGGCGUCCAGCCUUCCUCACGCGCUUCUGCCGCCUCUUCCCCAUCCAGAGCAUGAAGACCGUCCGCCUGCGACUCGCCCAGGCCGAAAAGCUGCUCGAGGACCAAAGUCUCUCCAGCGUGCGGAUCGUGCUGCUGGUGCGGGAUCCACGAGGUACGAUGCAGUCGCGGCGUCAUCGAGUGUGGUGCGGAGGCAACGAGGACUGCGAGGAUCCACGACUGGUGUGCCAGGAUCUGCGGGAUGACUACAAGACAGCGGAGGUGCUGUUGCUGAAAUAUCCGUCUCGUUUUAGGACUGUUCGUUAUGAGGACCUAUCCUUGAGCCCCAGUGAGAUGACCCAGGAUAUCUUGCAGUUCUAUGGCUUGCCAUUUGAUCCUGCAGUGGAGGAGUUUCUGGACACGCACACCAAGGUCAAUAUUGGAGGUGUUAGUUCCACAUAUCGAGAUUCCAGAUCAGCACCAUUCCAUUGGAUGCAGGAUCUCAAGCCGGAAGAGAUCAAGCAAAUCCAGGAUGUCUGCACUGAAGCGAUGGAUUUGUGGGGCUAUCGCCGCAUCGAGAACUUCAACAACUUCUCCACCACCCAGCAGACCUUCGAUCCGAUGGUGAUGCCGCCACCGUUCACGUGAAGCGCUCCUAGUGCUGGCCGAUCGUUUACGAAAACUGAUAUGGAUAACUAAUUCUUCUACUUGGUACAUUUUGUUGUGAUAUCGUCGUGUUGAGCGAGCAAAAA